AUGGCGCUGGACAUGAACAUACAGGAAUUGUUGGUAAUCAGGGACUCCGAUUUGCUCAUCCAUCAAGUGAAAGGAAAUUGGGCAACCAAAAAUGAUAAGAUACUCCCAUAUGUAAAUCUGGCACAAAGAUUGUGUGGAAGAUUCAAAAGUAUUGACUUCAGGCAUACUCCAAGGGCUCAAAAUGAGUUCGCAGAUGCAUUGGCCACAAUAGCGUCUAUGAUCCAACAACCUGAGAGCACCCACAUUGAUCUAUUAAAGAUUACACUGAGAGAAGUGCAAGCUCACUGCGCCUAUGUAGAGGCCAAGCCCGAUGGCCAACCAUGGUACACCGACAUUAACGCCUACCUAGAAAAAGGGGAGUAUCCCCCAGAGAGUUCAGUAAAUCAGAAGAAGACCAUCAGGAGAUUGGCCAAUGGUUUCUUCUUGAACAAGGAAGUACUAUACAAAAGGACCCCUAAUCUCGGGUUGCUCAGAUGCGUGGAUGCCAAAGAGGCCACAAAAUUGCUAAAAGAAUGCAAAGUGCCAUCAGUGUCAGAUACAUGGGGAUCUGAUCAAGGUUCUACCUACAGAAUUACAUCCGAUAAGCUCCCCCUGCCUUUCGUGGCGUGGGGAAUAGAUGUUAUAGGACCCAUUGAGCCUCCGGCUUUUAACGGACAUCACUUUAUCUUAGUUGCCAUAGACUACUUCACUAAAUGGGUAGAGGCAACUUCCCACAAAUCAGGAACCAAGAAAGUUGCGGCCGACUUCAUCAAGAACAAUCUGAUAUGUCGUUUCCGUGUGCCAGAAUCCAUCAUCACAGAUAAUUGUGCCAAUCUGAACAACCAUUUGAUGAAGGACAUUAGUGAACAAUUCAAAAUCACUCACAGGAACUCUACCGCCUAUCGGCCACAGAUGAAUGGAGCCGUAGAGGCUGCCAACAAGAACAUCAAAAGGAUCUUGAGGAAGAUGGUCGACAACUACAAGAAUUGGCACGAGCAGCUGCCUUAUGCUCUGUUAGGAUACAGAACAACAACCAGAACUUCCACUGGGGCAACCCCAUACCUCCUCAUUUACAUUACAGAAGCGGUUAUACCCGCGAAAGUGGAGAUCAAGAGGCAGAGUUGA